ACAUUGUGAUCUAAAAAUGGUGGAACCGAACGAGGAGGUGAAUAUUUGUAAGAAUGUGGAAUUAAGCAAACUCUGAAAUUUAGAAGAAAAUAAAGUUCCUGGGUGCCACGCAGUGAGUAGGCAAUUCCAUUCGCCCUUUAAUAUCGAAUCACUUUUUAUAACCGCGUUUUGAGCGAACAUGAAGCCAGGAUCUGACGACUUUCUACCGCCGCCUGAGUGCCCUGUGUUUGAGCCCAGUUGGGCGGAAUUCCGCGAUCCUCUUGGCUAUAUAGCUAAAAUCAGACCCAUUGCGGAGAAAUCAGGCAUUUGCAAGAUACGCCCACCUGCGGAUUGGCAACCUCCUUUUGCUGUAGAAGUUGAUAACUUCAGAUUUACUCCUCGAAUUCAGAGGCUAAAUGAACUGGAGGCCCAGACCAGAGUAAAACUGAACUAUUUGGAUCAGAUUGCAAAGUUCUGGGAAAUUCAAGGUUCUUCCUUAAAGAUACCUAAUGUGGAGAGGAAGAUCUUGGACCUUUACAGCCUUAAUAAGAUUGUGAUGGAGGAAGGUGGAUAUGAAGCAAUCUGCAAGGACCGUCGGUGGGCCCGUGUUGCCCAACGCCUUAAUUACCCAUCAGGGAAAAACAUUGGUUCCCUGCUUCGGUCCCACUACGAACGGAUCAUUUACCCUUAUGAAAUAUUUCAGUCUGGAGCUAAUCUUGUGCAAUGUAACACAGAUCCAUUUGACAGUGAAGAAAGAGACAAGGAAUACAAACCUCAUAGCAUUCCUCUUAGACAGUCUGUUCAGCCAUCAAAAUUCAGUUGCUACAGUAGACGAGGAAAAAGGCUACAGCCUGAGCCAGAACCCACAGAAGAAGACAUUGAGAAAAACCCAGAGCUAAAGAAACUACAGAUAUAUGGGGCAGGCCCCAAGAUGAUAGGCUUGGGCCUCAAGGCUAAGGAGAAAACUCUGAGAAAGAAAGAUAGCAAACAACCAGAUAAAGAAGAAGUGACAUGCCCUGCAACUAUUGUAGUGAAGGGGGAAGCCAGUGAGUUUGGAAAGGUGACAUCAGCAUUUUCAGACAAGAACUUAAAUCACAGUUUUGAACCUUGUAUGAAGAUGACUAUGCAGCUACGGAACAAUCACAGCAGUACCCAGUUUAUGAAUUCAUAUGUUUGCCGAAUAUGCUCUCGUGGGGAUGAAGUCGAUAAGUUUCUGCUCUGUGAUGGCUGCAGUGAUAAUUACCACAUCUUUUGCCUAUUGCCACCGCUUUCUGAAGUCCCCAAGGGAGUAUGGAGAUGCCCGAAGUGUAUCUUAGCAGAGUGUAAGAGUCCCCCUGAAGCUUUUGGCUUUGAGCAGGCUACACAGGAGUAUACUUUGCAGAGUUUUGGUGAGAUGGCUGACUCCUUCAAGGCUGACUACUUCAACAUGCCUGUGCAUAUGGUACCUACAGAAGUUGUGGAAAAGGAAUUCUGGAGGCUGGUGAGCAGCAUUGAGGAGGAUGUGACAGUUGAAUAUGGAGCAGACAUUCACUCCAAAGAAUUUGGCAGUGGGUUUCCUGUCAACAAUAGCAAAUGGGACUUAUCUCCUGAAGAAAAGGAAUAUGCUGCUUGUGGUUGGAAUCUCAAUGUGAUGCCAGUGCUGGAUCAGUCUGUUCUCUGCCACAUCAAUGCAGACAUCUCAGGCAUGAAAGUGCCCUGGUUAUAUGUGGGCAUGGUGUUUUCAGCAUUUUGUUGGCAUAUUGAGGAUCACUGGAGUUAUUCCAUUAACUACCUGCACUGGGGUGAACCAAAGACCUGGUAUGGAGUACCUUCGCUAGCAGCAGAACACUUAGAGGAUGUAAUGAAGAGACUUACACCAGAGUUGUUUGACAGCCAACCUGACCUCCUGCACCAACUUGUCACUCUGAUGAAUCCUAACACUCUCAUGUCACAUGGAGUGCCAGUUGUUCGUACAAACCAGUGUGCAGGGGAAUUUGUCAUUACUUUUCCCCGUGCUUACCACAGUGGCUUUAACCAAGGCUAUAACUUUGCUGAGGCAGUGAACUUUUGCACUGCCGAUUGGCUACCUGUUGGACGCCAGUGUAUUGAACACUACCGCCGACUCCGGCGCUAUUGUGUCUUCUCCCAUGAAGAACUUAUCUGCAAGAUGGCUGCAUUUCCAGAGAAGUUGGAUCUAAAUCUAGCAGUGGCAGUUCACAAGGAGAUGUUCAUUAUGGUACAGGAGGAGCGACGCCUACGAAAGACCUUGUUGGAGAAGGGCAUCACGGAAGCUGAGCGAGAGGCUUUUGAGCUACUCCCAGAUGAUGAGCGUCAGUGCAUCAAGUGUAAGACCACGUGUUUCCUAUCAGCCUUGGCCUGUUAUGACUGUCCAGAUAGUCUUGUCUGCCUUUCCCAUAUCAAUGAUCUGUGCAAGUGCUCAAGGAAUCGACAGUACUUACGGUACAGGUACACAUUGGAUGAACUGCCUGCUAUGCUACAAAAGCUGAAGAUUCGAGCUGAGUCAUUUGACAACUGGGCCAACAAAGUACAAGCAGCCCUAGAGGUGGAGGAUGGUCGGAAACGGAGUUUUGAAGAGCUAAGAGCAUUGGAAUCUGAGGCUCGUGAUAGACGAUUUCCUAAUAGUGAGCUGCUUCAGCGAUUGAAGAAAUGCCUAACUGAAGCAGAGGCUUGUAUUUCCCAAGUUCUUGGACUGAUCAGUAACUCAGAGGACAGGUUACAAACACCGCAAAUCACCCUUACUGAACUACAGCUUCUUCUCAAACAGAUGGGCACUCUGCCCUGUACCAUGCAUCAGAUUGAUGAAGUUAAGGAUGUUCUUCAACAGGUGGAAUCAUACCAAAUUGAGACCCGUGAGGCUCUAACUUCACUGCCUUACAGUUUAGAAAUACUUCAGUCCCUGAUGGAAAAGGGUCAGCAGCUUCGUGUGGAAGUGCCUGAAGCUCAUCAACUUGAAGAGCUGUUGGAGCAGGCACAAUGGCUAGAUCAAGUGAAGCAGGCCCUGGCUCCCUCAGGCCAGAGGCACUCUUUGGUUAUCAUGAAGAAGCUUUUAGUUAUGGGAACCAAGGUAGCCUCCAGCCCUUCUGUGAACAAAGCUCGAGCAGAGUUACAAGAACUGCUGACUAUUGCAGAAUGUUGGGAGGAAAAGGCCCAUUUUUGCUUAAAAGCUAGCCAAAAGCAUUCUCCAGCCACUUUGGAAGUUAUAAUACGUGAGGCAGAAAACAUCCCUGUCUACCUACCUAACAUCCAGUCUCUGAAGGAAGCUCUGACUAAGGCACAGGCUUGGAUUGCUGAUGUGAAUGAGAUUCAAAAUGGUGAUCACUACCCCUGUUUGGAUGAUUUGGAGGGCCUUGUAGCUGUUGGUCGGGAUUUACCUGUGGAGCUAGAGGAAUUGAGACAGCUGGAGAAUCAGGUACUAACAGCACAUUCCUGGAAAGAGAAAGCUUCUAAGACUUUUCUUAAGAAGAAUUCUUGCUACACAUUGUUGGAGGUUCUCUGCCCAUGUGCAGAUGCUGGUUCAGUCAGCACCAAGCGCAGUCGGUGGAUUGAAAAGGAGAUGGGAUUAUACAAAUAUGACACAGAAUUGCUGGGGCUGUCUGCACAGGACCUCAGGGACCCAGGGUCUGUGAUCAUGGCCUUUAAGGAAGGGGAAGAGAAAGAAAAGGAAGGUAUCUUGCACUUACGUCACAUCAACUCAGCCAAGCCCAGUCCAAUGUCCUCAUCGAUGAAUGCCUCUGCAACCUCCAUCUGUAUAUGUGGGCAGGUCUGUGCAGGAGUGGAAUCUCUGCAGUGUGAUCUUUGUCAUGACUGGUUCCAUGGACAAUGUGUGACUGUACCCCACCUACUCAGCUCAGUAAGGGCCAGUCAUACCUCAUCUCAACUGCUAGCUUGGUGGGAAUGGGACACCAAGUUCCUGUGCCCACUGUGCAUGCGAUCAAGGCGUCCACGCCUGGAGACCAUCUUGUCAUUGCUGGUAGGACUACAGAGACUGUCUGUAAGGCUACCUGAGGGUGAGGCCCUACAGUGCCUCACAGAGAGAGCCAUUGGUUGGCAAGGCCGUGCCAGGCAGGCUCUAGCUUCUGAGGAUGUGACUGCUUUGUUGAAACAGCUGGAAAAAUCCCGCCAACAACUACAGGAUGAAUUGAGACAUAAGAAGCCCCCUACCUUGCCUUCAGGCUUUGCCUUUGACUGUCUCACAGAGAAUAGUGGCAAGGAUAUCCUUAAGGAAGAGGAGGAGUUGGUACUAAAUGAAGAAAGGAUUAAAAGUUCUGAGAAGAUUGUUCCAAAGGAAAGUUCAUGUAAAGGAGAUAAGGAACUGCUGCCUUCACUUUUAUCCCAAUUAACUGGCCCAGUACUGGAACUGCCUGAAGCCACCCGGGCACCCCUAGAGGAGCUUAUGAUGGAAGGAGAUCUACUUGAAGUUACCCUAGAUGAGAACUACAGCAUUUGGCAGCUGCUGCAGGCUGGGCAGAAUCCCAAUCUAGAGCGCAUUCAUACACUUCUGGAGCUUGAGAAGCCUGAAAACCCAGGAAAUUGGUCAGAGGAACAGACACCAGAGAGGCGACGGCAGAGGAGGCAAAAGGUGGUUCUGAGUAGAAAGGGUGAGGAUUUUACUCAAAAAGAGCUAGAAUCAAAAAGAGUCAAGAGUUCAAGGAUUAAGCCUAAGGAAGAAAAGUUUCAAAAGCCAAUACUUGGGGAUAAUGUGCUGUACACACACCAUACAGAACAUACAAACAUCUUAAAAGAGCACAUAAACAGUGUACAAGGAAAGGAUCCAAGCCCUUCAUCUUCUUUUCCUUCCUUAACACCUUUACUACACCUAUCUUAUUUUCAUCAGCAAAAAUUAUAACAAUAGUAUGUGAUUAUAACAAUAGUAUGUGAUUGUUCUUUUUUCCUACCUUAGUCUUUUCCAUUCUCCCUCCCUUGUUCUUUCUUUCCUUCUUCUUUUUCAUUUCUUUCUGUUGGUCCCUUCCUUUCCUCCAUUUUACUCUAUUCCUACAGCUUCCUCUGCCCUUAAUCCCUCAGAUACCCCCAAAGUAUUUGUUUCUUAUCUAGAGCUUGACCACAAAUUAUUUUAUCCUUACUCCUAAUACAUUUUUAUGCCAUAAUUCCUAAGAAGUAUUCCCUGUAUGCGUUUCCCAAAAUUUUACCAUCAAUAUUCCUGGGACUAGCAUAGAUAAAGUGAUGUUCUUAGUUAUCUCUAUUCUAAUCUGGAGAGACAAAAAUAAAAUUUGAGAAUGAUAACAUUUAUUAAUCUUUAUUUUUAAAUCCUUCAUCAAUCACACAUCAAAACAAGUACUUAUUAAAACAAGUGUCUUUUAGUUUAUAAUUUUCAUUCUAUUUUUCUCUUUGGUUUACAUUCUAAAAGAACGUUGUAUUUUUAAUUCUUAAGAAAAAGGAAUAUAUACAGUAAUGCAAACUUACCAUAAUUGUUUAUUUUUAAUUUUGUUCCUUUUGAUUUUGUUGUUAAAAAUAAAACAGUAUGGUUAGAACUGCAUCUGACUUAUACAUCUAUGGGAAUAGAAAAAUCAAGGAUGGAAAUCGUUGCUGUGGGACUCAACAGCAUUUGUUUCUGAACUUAAAAUACUUGUCUGUAUCUGUGUUCUUGGUUCUAUUUGUUUCUUUGUUUUGUUUUGGUUUUUGUUUUUUCAAGACAGGAUUUCUCUGUGUAGCCCUACCUGUCCUGGAACUCACUUUGUAGACCAGGCUGGCCUCAAACUCAGAAAUCUGCCUGCGUCUGCCUCCCAAGUGCUGAGAUUAAAGGUGUCUGCCACCACUGCCCAACUCUAUGCUUCUUGAUACAUGUUGUCUAGGUAAUGUCUUCAUAGCUAUACUUUCCUACUAAGUGUCAAAUAAGAUGAAUCCUUUCUUCUCUUUUAGAACGUUGUUUUAUUGAACUUAUAAUGACUUCCUUUUUCUUUUUUUUUAAUAUUUUUUAUUAUGUAUUUUCCUCAAUUACAUUUCCAAUGCAAUCCCGAAAGUCCCCCAUACCCUCCCUCCCACUCCCCUAUCCAACCAUUACCACUUUUUGGCCCUGGCAUUCCCAUGUACUGGGGCAUAUAAAGUUUUUGUGUCCAAUGGGCCUCUCUUUCCAGUGAUGGCCGACUAGGCCAUCUUUUGAUACAUAUGCAGCUAGAGUCAAGAGCUCUGAGGUACUUGUACUGGCUAGUUUUGUGUCAACUUGACACAGCUGGAGUUAUCACAGAGAAAGGAGCUUCAAUUGAGGAAAUGCCUCCAUGAGAUCCAACUAUAAAGCAUUUUCUCAAUUAAUGACCAAGGGGGAAAGGCCCCUUGUGGGUGGGACCAUCUCUGGGUUGGUAGUCUUGGGUUCUAUAAGAGAGCAGGCUGAGCAAGCCAGGUGAGGCAAGCCAAUAAAGAACAUUCCUCCAUGACCUCUGGAUCAGCUCCUGCUCCCUGACCUGUUUGAGUUCCAGUCCUGACUUCCUUUGGUGAUGAACAGAGGCAUGGAAGUGUAAGCUGAAUAAACCCUUUCCUCCCCAACUUGCUUCUUGAUCAUGAUGUUUGUGCAGGAAUAGAAACCCUGACUAAGACAAAUUGAUACCAGCAGAGUGGGUUAUUCCUGUGACAACCUGACCAUGUUUUGGGGAGGACUGUGAAAAGACUUUGUAACUUUGGGCUAAAAGAUCCAUCCGUUAUUAAGAGCUCUGUCGGAUGUUGUGUAGGAGCUUGGAAGAUAAUGUUGAGAACACUGCAGAAGAUGGAGGUCUGGUUUGUGAAAUUUCAGAGGGAAAAUUAAAGACUUUUCAGGGCCAUUGCUGUUUUGAUUGUGAAGAUUCUGUAGUUCUGAUUAGCUGGGGCUGAAGAAUCAGCUGUGAUUAACAAGAGACCAGAACUACCAAAGCAAAAACUUUGCAUUACUGGGACUAUUGAUGCUGGUUAGCUAGAGCUAAGAAAUUAGCAGUGAUAAAGAAGAGACAAGCAUCAUUGAGGUGACAUCUUCUGGGAAGUGUUUUCUGAAAGCACAAAGAGGCUGUGUUCUGGAGAUAGUCAAGGUUGUACUCCUGCUGCAGCGGGACUUAGUAAUAUGUAAGGGUCACCCAGGUGGUACUGGUUUUGAAGGCAUGAAGGGGUCAUGCAAAGCAGCUGAGGCUCGGCACUGUAAUAGGCCAUGGAAGGCCAUUGGUGAAGGUGCAGCCUCAUUUGCAAUUGAAGACCCAGGACUGAAGGGGUCAUGCAGUGUUUUGGAGAUGCCAGUACCAUGAGAUGACCACCAAGAGUAGCAGCAGCAGUGGAGUACAGGCAUCUGGAGCCUAGAGGAUGACAUGUGUGCUACAAAGGGUAUGGCUGGAGAACUGACCCCAAGCCCUUGGAGGAUCCCAGAAGAUUGUGAGUUGGAUCCCAGACAUUGGACGGUUAGAGAUUGACUUUUACUUUUGAUUGUGACUGUGCCCUGAUAUAUUCCCUCUUGAAGGAAGAAACUGUUUUAGUGGAGCCCACAAUUAAGAGACUUUUAAUUGUAAAAAGACUUUGGAUUUUAAAAGAGAUGGAUAUAUUAAAGAGAUUGAAAUUUUAAGAUUAUGUAAAGACUGUGGGACUUUUAAAGUUAUUUAGAUCUUGGAGAUGAAUAAGUUGUAAGGGUUGAGGCUAACUAAUGAUGUUUUUGUGUGUCAAGUUGACAAGGGGUCAAUUGUACUGGCUAAUUUUGUGUCAACUUGACACAGCUGGAGUUAUCACAGAGAAAGGAGCUUCAGUUGAGGAAAUGCCUCCAUGAGAUAAGGCAACUGUAAGGCAUUUUCUCAAUUAGUGACCAAGGGGGAAAGGCCCCUUGUGGGUGGGACCAUCCAUCUCUGGGCUGGUAGUCUUGAGUUCUAUAAAAAGCAGGCUGAUCAACCCAGGUGAGGCAAGCCAAUAAAGAACAUCCCUCCAUGGCCUCUGCAUCAGCUCCUGCUCCCUGACCUGUUUGAGUUCCAGUCCUAACUUCCUUUGGUGAUGAACAGCAGCAUGGAAGUGUAAGCCGAAUAAACCCUUUGCUCCCCAAA